UCGCCGACGGUGCAUAUCAUGUGUUGUGUUCCCAUUCCCGUUCCCAUUACCUCUGCAAAUUAGCCAUCUUUGCACCCAAAAAUAGCAAGGAUUGAUCACAGCCGUCAGAAGCAAGAAUUGCAAAUUCUUUCUUUUCUUUCUUCUCUCUCUUUUUUUGCAUCCUCGAGUUGCCAUUUUUUGUUAGCCGACCCGGCUGGCGGCCAUUUGUCGCCAGCUUCAUUGCCAUAUCCGGUUCAGGUUCAUCCCAUGCAUUUGUGUAGUUGCACAAUUCAUUCAGCCAUCUCCAAUUCCUGGGAAAGAAAAAGACAAGGGAAACACACUGAAAAAAAAGCCUCCAGUUUGGACUGUUUCUGAAUUUGAAGACUGCAAAAAUUGCUUGAGGGAGGGAGCUGACGAAGCUUCCGAUUUUACAAGAACUGGGAUAGACACGUUUGAACUGGUGGAAUUGGAAUUGACUGGGAUGGAUGCUCAGGGUCACACGGUAUUCCAUUUCCCAGCCCCCAUUUUCCACAGCGUCCUUGUCUGUACCUUUGCAUGUACCCCCCAUGCUUUUACAGAUAUACGCUUCCCUCCCCUUCCAGUCUGGAUUAUCUGGAAGCAGAGGGGACAGGCAGACAGUGGAAAAUGUCCAAAUUUGAAUAGUUGCCACGUAUUAUUGGAUUGGAGGGGGUGAAAAAACAAUAAAAUGCGUAGGAAGUAAAAAGACAGGAAGAUUCCUUGCAUUAUUUCCAACAGUUUGAUCGGAUCGACGCAAAUGGUGAACUGGGAAAAAUAAAAUUAAAGAAAUGGGCUACGAGGAAGUAGAAUUCCUCGGGGUUUUCACCCGAGGACUUGGCAAUAAUUAGCUGCUUUGCAGAGGGUGGAAGGCGCUUCGAUUCGAAGCAGCCGGCCAGGUGGCAGCGCAAUGACGCGUCCGGGCCAAUGGCGCGGUUCCACGUCACCGCAUCUCUUUUGACAAAUUCCUUGUGCUGGCCGCUUUGACUUUUACGCCGGUACACUAGCACCACCACCUCCACCUUGGUGGUGAAUCAAUCAAACGCUCUGAUUUUUCUACCUCCUUUUUUUCUCACUACAACAAUAUUUAAUAUUUUUUCAUUAAAAUAUUAUUCGUUGCCUGCAUGUACUCUCUACUCCAUCUGGUCGCCUAUGCUCUUGCUUCAGAAUAAAGAAAGCGCGAGAAAAUCGACCCGCCCCGCGGGCCGUCACAUGCGCUGCUCACAUGGUGCGUGGGCCCCGCGUCCCCGGCCCGCACCAUCAUGCACCGCAUACAUAUGGGGCCAUGGAGCCCGCCAUGCCGUCACUUUGAAAAAAAAAUCUCUUCCGUCUUUCUCUCUCCUCGUUUGUUUGCUUACAGCUCAUCCAUACCACAAAGACAAACAAGAUCACAUUUUGAUUAGUGCUAAAGGAGGGGUGGAUUAGCAAGGUGCGACGCAUCUUUUUUUUUUGUUUUUGAAAAGGGAGGGGUUUUGUGCUGUGCAACGUCUCUGCUGCCAAAGAUACAAAUUCAUCCAUAGCCCCAUAUAUGCAGCCGUAUCUUUGGAAUCAAUAAAUAUUAGGGUCCGUUUGAUCGGAGACAGAUGGCGAGCGGCGGAUUCGUGGAGGAGAUGAUGAGGGAGCAGAGCCUCCUGGAGGCGACCUGCGGCGACCUCUUCGACCACAUCGACGACCUGCUCGACUUCCCCAAGGAGGAGUCCGCCGCCGACGUGCUCCUCCUCGACGCGCCGGCGCCGGGGAGCCCGCUCUCCGCGCGCAUCAUCGACGUCGGCGCCCGUGGCAACAAUGCGCAGUCCGCGCCCGCGCCCCCCGCGAUGGAGCCUCUGAUGGCGCUGCCCCCGCCCGCGGCGCAGGACGACGCCACCGCCUUCUUCGCCGCCGCUGGGGCGCCGGUGUUCGACGCCAAGGACGUUGGCGGCCACAUUGGCUCGUGCGAGGAGCUGGACAUGGACAUGGCGCAGCUGGAGUGGCUGCUCUUCGACGACGCCUCCAUCCCGCACGAGCCGGCGUUCCCGGGGAUCAACUGCCCGGCCCCCAUCAAGAGCUCCGCGCUGGCGGCCAACAACGCCGGCGUCGCGCUGCUGCCGCCGGAAAAGAUGGAGGACGCGAUCUUCCGCAGCUCCAGCCCCAUCUCGGUGCUCGAGCACAACAGCUUCAACGCCAACAACAACGUCGGCUCCGCGUCCUCCUCCUCAUCCUCGGCGUCGUCCUCGUCGGAGUCCUUCUCCGGGAGCGGCGGGCACGCGUGGUCGGCGCCCGUGUCGCCGCGCCCGGAGCCGCCGGUGCUCGUCAUACCGGCGCGCGCGCGGAGCAAGCGCUCCCGCCCGUCCGCGUUCACUGGCGCCGCCCGCGCCGCGGAGGCGCCCACCAUCCUCGUGCCGACGCCCAUGUACUCGUCCACCUCGUCGCACUCGGACCCCGAGAGCAUUGCCGAGUCCAACCCGCACCAGGCGCCACCCAUGAAGAAGAAGAAGAAGGCCAAGAAGCCGGCGCCCCCCGCGCCGGCCGCCUCUGACGCGGAAGGUGACAACGACGGCGACGCCGACUAUGAGGAAGGCGGCGAGCGCUCGCAGCCUCAGGGCGGCGCUGUGAGGAGGUGCACGCAUUGCCAGAUCGAGAAGACGCCGCAGUGGCGCGCGGGUCCCCUGGGCCCCAAGACGCUCUGCAACGCCUGCGGCGUCCGCUACAAGUCCGGGCGCCUCUUCCCGGAGUACCGCCCCGCGGCGAGCCCCACCUUCGUGCCGUCCAUCCACUCCAACUCCCACAAGAAGGUGGUGGAGAUGCGCCAGAAGGCUGUCCGGACCGGCGAUCCGUCGUGCGACCUCCUGCAGUUCAUCCGCCGCCGGGAUUAAUAGGCGUCGUCGGUCGGUCGGUCUCGUCCCCCUUAGCUAUAUAUGUAUACAUGUUAGUAUGUAUGCAUGCAUGGUUGCUUCAUCAGUCGUCAGUCGUCGUCGUCUUCAUCGUGGUCAUCAUCACCACCGCCAUGGAUCCAUCCAUCAUCACCUGCAUUGGUUUCUGUCAGCAUCCAUCCAUCCAAUCCAUCGCCGGGCAUCCUGGCGUUAGUUCAUUAGGGCUUUUUUCAUCGGGGGUUAGUGUUAUUUUAUCUUUCCUUUUUGUCUAUUGGUUAAUUGGUUCCCCUGAAUGUUUUUUUGUUUGUAUAGAGAGAGAAAGAGAGAGGAGGGUGAGGGAGGAGGGCAGGAGAAAUAGAUGAAUCAGAGUGGUUGUUGCAUUGCAAUUGCAGUUGCUUGCAAGUUAGGUAGGUGAGAAGGAGAGCUAAACCAGCAGCAGAGGGAGACAGAUUUAGAGAAGAAAACUUUGCAGCUAGUCAGUCAGUCAAUUAGAAGAAAAGUGUUUCAGCAAGUGAAAGCGGAGUUUGUUGGUUUGCUAAUUAGAAGGAAGAUUCUGUCAGGUCAGGUAGUAGCUAUCACCCAUCAGGAUUUGAAACUUGAAGAGAGGGGGACAGCCAUCAUCCAUCAUAGUCUGUAUUUGGAGCUUGGUGUACUGAACUCUGAAAAUUCUUUUUGCAGUUCAUCUAUGUUUAGGGAUUGAUAAGUGUUGUUUGGUUUCUUCUAUACUAGUAGUGCUACAUUUUAGUCAAUAAUUAUAUGAGAAUCUCUUUUGUUUCC